ACUUUAGACAAUAAAAAUAUAUAUACAUAUACAUAUAUUCAUAUAUAAAUAUAUAUGAAUAAAAAUAACUAUAAAAACAACAAAUUAAAGAGGGAAUGUAAGGAAGACUGUGAGCAUGGGAGAAAGCAAAACGCAUUGGAUUAGGAUAUUAUGUGCUUUCUUAAGGGUGGUUAUGUCUUGAGGAGUAUUACUUAUGGCAUCUCAAAGGUGUGUUAAUCUAGAUGUAUAAGAACACUGGGCAAGGCUUGCUUAAAAAGCUUUCACUAAAGAAGCCAUAGGCUGGGGCAUGACUACCCACCAUGACCUGCCCAGUUAGGAAUUUAUGGCUUAUUACAGCAUCCGUUUUUCAUCCACGGGUAGAAGAAGGGGGAGCAGAGGCAGGAACCCAGUUUUGCCAAGUGUUUGGACAGAACAGACCCAGGGACUCCCCUUCUUCCAGCCUCCAGCCACUUUCCUGCGUCUCAUUCAGUCACCGCCUUCAGAACCACCUCCAGGACACUGGUUUUUUUCUACCUUAAUUCCUUAUUGCUAAACAACCAUGAGCUCCCAAAUUCAUCAGAAUUAUUCCACCGAAGUGGAGGCUGCGGUCAAUCGCCUGGCCAACCUGCAUCUGCAGGCCUCCUACACCUACCUCUCUCUGGGCUACUAUUUCGACCGUGAUGAUGUGGCUCUGGAGGGUGUGGGCCACUUCUUCCUCGAGUUGGCAGAGAAGAAGCGCGAGGGCGCUGAGCAUCUCUUUAAGUUGCAAAACAAGCGUGGCGGCCGCAUUCUCUUCCCGGAUGUGAAGAAACCUUCCCAAGAUGUCUGGGGCAAAACUCAGAAUGCCAUGGAAGCCGCCCUGGCCUUAGAGAAGAACCUGAACCAGGCCCUUUUGGAGCUGCAUGCCCUGGGUUCUACCUGUGCAGACCCUCAUCUCUGCGACUUCCUGGAGAACCACUUCCUGGAUGAGGAGGUGAAACUGAUCAAGAAGAUGGGCGACCACCUGACUGACAUCCGCAGGCUGGCUGCCCCCCAGGCUGGGCUGGGCGAGUAUCUCUUCGAAAGGCUCACCCUCAUGCACGACUAGGAGCCUUUGGAGCCCAGAGGCCUUACAGAGGACCCUCUGCAUCCCCCUGUUGUCUUUGGCUUUUACUUGAGCCUCUUCCUGAAACUACUAGCCAUUGUUUUAACCCAGGGGUCCUCAAACUGUGGCCCGUGGGCCACAUGCAAAUAUAAAUAUUGUAUUUGUUCCCGUUUUGUUUUUUUUACUUCAAAAUAAGAUAUGUUCAGUGUGCAUAGGAAUUUGUUCAUAGUUUUUUUUUAAACUAUAGUCCGGCCCUCCAACGGUCUGAGGGACAGUGAACUGGCCCCCUGUUUAAAAAGUUUGAGGACCGCUGUUUUAACCACUCUGGAGCCCUCUCCAAUGCAUUGGACCAAAUGAAACAAAGUUUUUUGCAGCAAAAA